GCCAAAUUGAGGAGUCCAUAAACAGUGCUUCCUUGCUUUUAGGAUCGAUUCCAGUUCUUCCAACUUUUUCUGUUGAUCGUCUCGAAUUGGAUGAUUCCGGACCUCCGAUGCAAUAAUAAUAAGCAUUUGAGUUGAGAAAGAGGAAGAUCGCCGCAAUUGAUCGAUGCGAUUAAUUGGAUUAAAUUCUAUCAGGUUUCAGGAUUUUGUUUUAUGUUUUAUAGUAUUUUUAUGAUAUAUAUUGUCUUGGUUUUCUCCAUUUGAUCCCGCUUUUCGAUCUCAUCUAGUGAAGCAUUCUCCAUUUUGAUCUGUCAGAAAAAAAAAGAAACAGAACAUGAAUCGAUCGACUACGCAAUCCUAAUGUUCUCACGGGUUCAAAUCAAUGAAAAGUACGUAAUUUAUCGAGAUCUCUGACGGAGAAAUCGAAUCGCAGAUGGAUCAGGAUCCUGGCGCCAACGAUGAUCCGGCCACAUGCAGCAGCAGCAGCGCCAAGGGCCCGCAGUGCUCGGUGAUCUCGACGUACAGGGCCAAGAUCGGCGGCGCGCUCCGUGCCGUGACGGUGGUGUGGAGCAAGAACAUGAUGCACCACUCGCUUUCGGUGUCGAUCGACGGCGGCCUCGGCGCGGCGACGUGCAAGGUGGAGCUGAAGCCGUGGCCCUUCUGGAGCAAGAAGGGAUCCAAGUCCUUCGACGUCGACGGAAGCCACGUCGACGUGUCGUGGAACUUCCGGCUGGCCAAGUUCGGCGAUGGUCCGGAGCCCUACGAAGGAUAUUUCGUCGCCGUUGUCUCCGGCGACGAGGUGGUGCUGUUGCUUGGCGACAGGAAGAAAAAGGCUUACAAGAAAACCAGGUCGCGGCCGUCGUUGGAGGAGGCGACGCCGGUGUCGAAGAAGGAGACGGUCUUGGGAAAGCGGAGCUUCGCUGCUCGGGCAACGUUCGACAGCCAGCGGAGCAAGGAGCACGACAUCGUGGUGGAGCACUCCAUCUCCGACCAGACCAAGGACCGCGACGGCACCGAGCUGUGGAUCACCGUCGACGGCGCCGUCCGCUUACACGUCGCCAACCUCCAGUGGAAGUUCCGGGGCAACGAGGUCGUGUGGAUCGACCAGAUCCCGGUCCAGGUGAUCUGGGACGCCCACGACUGGCUUUUCAAGUCCCACGCCCUCACCCACGCCCUCUUCUUGUUCAAGCCAGGCCUGCCGGAGCCCGUCGCCGAGCCGCCGGAGGACGGAGAACCCGAAGACGCCGCUACCUCGGUUAGCAACAACGAUGUUAGUGCUGCUCGUGGAUCUUCUUCGGAGUUUUGCUUCUUCCUCCACGCUUGGAAGAUGGAUUGAUU